CAUCCAAACGGAAGCUGCUGGCUGUUGUACCCGGAAACGACGUUGCAUUCCGGUUCUUUUAUUUACACUACAGGCGUAUUAGGCUGGAAAACCGGUGUUUGUUAUGGUCGGUACAUUUGGAGAAAAUCGCUGAAGUUAAGCCUCGGUGCCGUAAUGCUCGCUUUGAAAGGUGAUAGGUGUCCCCAGUGUUUACGCUGAAACUCGAGUGGACUCAAUCAUAUGUUGCGGAAGUGAAGCGUGUCUUUCCCGGAAUGUCUGCUAUGAAUUUGCACAGGUUAUCUACGUGGGUGUGCGGGCUGGCCGCUGACACGGUGCGGAGCUGUAAGGCUUGAUGAGGAAUCGGUCGGUAACUUACUUGCUAGCCCCGUGUCCUGAUCGCAGCGUGAGCAGCUCGCCAUGAGUGACAAAUUCGGCUUCAUUAAUUACAACAACGCCAGGAAGCACAUCUCCAUAUCGGUGCCGUCGGCCACGGAGGUCAUGUCGCCCCAUAUCAAGUCAGUGGAGGACCUGCGAGUGCUGGGCAUCAACCUGAGCAGCUUCGGUACCUUUGCCCAGUUCUUCAUCUGCGUCACCGGUGUCUUCGUCUUCUACCUGGUUUACGGGUACUUGCAGGAGCUCAUCUUCUCCAUGGAGGGUUUCAAACCCUUCGGCUGGUACCUGACCCUGGUGCAGUUUGGCUUCUAUUCACUCUUUGGACUGGUGGAGCUGCAGCUCACCCAGGAUAAAAGGCGGAGAAUCCCAGGGAAAACAUACAUGAUUAUUGCCUUCUUAACCGUGGGCACCAUGGGCUUGUCCAAUACAUCUCUGGGAUACUUGAACUAUCCCACCCAAGUUAUCUUCAAGUGCUGCAAACUCAUCCCGGUGAUGGUAGGCGGAGUUUUUAUCCAAGGGAAGCGCUACAACGUGGCCGACGUGUCUGCCGCCAUCUGCAUGAGCCUGGGGUUGGUGUGGUUCACGUUGGCUGACAGCAAAAUCGCCCCCAACUUCGACCUCACAGGGGUCAUCCUCAUCUCGCUGGCGCUCUGUGCUGACGCCGCCAUCGGGAAUGUGCAGGAAAAGGCCAUGAAGCUCCACAAUGGCUCCAACUCUGAGAUGGUUCUGUACUCCUACUCCAUCGGCUUUGUCUACAUAUUCGUGGGCCUCAUCUCUGUCGGGGGUCUAGGACCAGCGGUGGCCUUCUGUUCCCAGCACCCGUUGAAGACCUAUGGUUAUGCCUUCCUCUUCUCGCUCACUGGGUACUUUGGCAUCUCCUUCGUCCUGGCCUUGAUCAAGCUCUUUGGCGCCCUGGUUGCAGUUACAGUGACAACAGGCAGGAAGGCGAUGACAGUUGUCCUGUCCUUUAUGUUCUUCGCAAAGCCGUUUACCUUCCAGUAUGUGUGGGGUGGCCUCCUCGUGGUCUUCGGCAUAUUCCUGAAUGUUUAUAGCAAAAACAGGGACAAGAUGAAGCUUCCGUCUCUGGCAGACAUCAGGAAACUGGUGUUAUCGAGGAAACGGGGGAGGCUGCUAUCGCAGAAUGUGUAGACUGCGGACCUGACGGACAUGUCACGAUCCAAUCAGGACCUGCGAGGGGCGGGACUCUGAGGCCAGGCCUGAUGGCACCCCGGAGAUGUGAGGAGGUCCUUCUCUGAGCUCGCGGGGAGCUGGUCACCUCGUGGUGCGCUGGCCAUAGCACGGCACACUUCAGGUUUAGAAGAAUGGGACCUAGGCUGGUGGGAGUGCAGGGGCGAUUGCUGUCUGUGUUCCUGCCCUGGUGUGGGUAUGGGGAUAAUCGAUGUAUGUGCUGCCACUCUGGCAUGAUUAAGGGGGUAAUCACUGUCUGUACUGGCGUGGGUCCGGGCUCAUCUCUGUCUGUGUUGCCACACUGGCACAGGUAUGGGGGUAUUUGCUGUCUCUGCUAAUCGUGUCUAUGAUGAAUAUGUGGGAAAAAGUGCACGUUUGACACGUGCCGGUAAACUUGCCUCACUCCAAUGCCGUCCUCCACUGUAUACUGAACCUUGAACUAUGUUUGUCAUACAAAGAAAAUUACCUGAUUGUCUGAACUGCCACAUUUGUGGAGAGUUUGUCCUGAGACGGGUUAGGGAGCGAUCUGAGUGCGGUAUAGUGACCUGCGGCUCCUUGUCACUCUGGCGGGACCCCAGCCUCAGGAGUCGAGGAAAGCUAGCAAACUCCGACAAUCAUAGUGGGGCGCUGUGGGAACUGGGGGUGGGCGGCAAGGAGAACCUGCUGUUCCCCCCCACAUGGGCAGCCGCGGGGUGUGACGUCAAAAUGGAUGUGAAUGUGACUUUUAUAAAACGCCUGAGGUGGGUGCACAUGUGAGAAGGUGGGGGCUCUUUGACCUGUACAGACUCCUUUGAGGGCAUUUUGCUGCCAUUUUAUUUAAUUCCAAGGCUAUAUUAUUUACCAUAAUUUGUUUUUGGCUGUUUUCUUGAUCUUAAUUAUUACUUUUGGACCCACGUUACGUAUUAAACAUGGACAAACAUCCUGUAACUCUCCUGCAUUCCAAACGAAAGAGGAGAUGUCACAGCAUGCAGUGAACACAUGCAGUGAGAUGUCACAGCAUGCAGUGAACACAUGCAGUGAGAUGUCACAGCAUGCAGUCCAGCAUUUAUCUGCAAAAAGCAUCUGGCUGCAUAGCCCUGAUGCUCCAGAGCGGGGCAUCGGGAAGUGGUGGGAUCAUUUCUCAGGGCUUACAGGGGAGUAGAUCACUCCACAUGAGUGUGGUCCUCCACAACGUCCAUCAUCCAGAGCAUUCCACGCAGCUCAUGCACCCUUGUGCCGACUGUCCUCAUCUUUCACUGGGAUCGUCACCUGUUUUUGUUUCCGUCAGGCUAUCUCUGCAUUUCAUGGGGAAUGUUUAAUAAAAUAAAAAUUAAAAAAAAAAAAAA